AAAUCCCGCACACGGGCCACCGUCAUUUUGUUACCGCCCUCACCUUUCACGGCUUCUUCCCGACCUCACUUCAUCCUUUCCCCCCCCUUCCACCACCACCGCGUCUUUGACUCUUCGACAUUUCCACGCCUUUCUCGGUCGACUCAACCACGAAAGAUCGAUAGAUAUACUUGUUCUUACCGAUCAAGACUAAUUUCUGAUCCAGAAAUAUUCAAGAUCGAUCCUCGCAGCCCUCACAAUGAUGCCAACUAGCUGGCCUCCGGCACCGCCUCCAGGCGUUGCCUACGGAGCACCUCCCGCCAACUAUGCUUACCCUCCCAAUCCAGCAUACACCGCAGUCCAGGCUCGACAAAGCUUCGGCCAGUAUCCUCCCCCACCCGCUGCACCUGCCUACAGUACUUCGCCGCCUCCCUUGGCUGCUCCCUUCGACCAAGCUGCUCCUGUUGCUCCAGCCCCGGCUCCACGAAAGGUUGAAUGGCCACCCUCCGUCCGCGAUUACGUCCAACGGUCUUUCCUGCCUCACAACAUGGACCCCUCCGUGCCACGCCCCGAGAUUGAAGCCAAGUUGAAGGAGACCAUUUCCCAGCACAUGGAGAACGGCACUCUCGAGUCAACCGACUGGGAGAAGAUGCCCUUUCCCUCCGAUCUGAUCCGAAACGAGCGCCAGUCCCAGCUCAACUCCGCUAUGAACGUCUCAUCUCCAUUUGCAUCGCGAUAUGAUGGUUCAAUGUCUGCCAACCCCAAGAGAAAGUCGUCUGAUUUUACCCCGGAUGAAAAGUCUUCUGCCGUGCCUUGGCGUACUACUAACAGCAACCGAUCCAACGCACUGGAAGACCGAAUCACCUUCGCCUCCCCCGACAAACGCGCCAACCUCGAUGAGCCACUGCCCAAGUCAAGUAAGUUCCAGAAGCAGUUGGAGAAACGUCAACGCCGCUUCGAUGGCGGCUACAAAUCCUCGUACCGAUCGCCCAGCCCUCCGCCCUCUGAUGGACCCGUCGUCGGCACCAGCGAGACUCUGGAGAAGCGCUACUUGCGUCUGACCGCACCUCCCGUGGCCUCCAUGGUUCGGCCCGAGCGCGUCCUUCACAAGACGAUGGAUCUCCUGAAGAAGAAGUGGAAGAAGGAGGGCAACUACUCUUACAUCUGCGACCAGCUGAAAUCUAUGCGGCAAGAUCUGACAGUGCAGCGGAUCAAGAACGACUUUACAGUCACCGUUUACGAACUCCACGCUCGAAUUGCGUUGGAGAAGGGGGACCUUGGUGAGUAUAAUCAGUGCCAAACCCAGCUGCGUACUCUGUACGCAAAGGGACUGAAAGGAAACCCCAUCGAGUUCAAGGCCUAUCGCAUUUUGUACUUUAUUCACACUGCCAACCGUACCGGCCUGAAUGAUGCCUUGGCAGAUCUAACCACAGCAGAGAAGGAGGAGCGACCCAUCAAGCAUGCGCUCCAGGUGCGGUCCGCUCUUGCCUUGGGCAACUACCACAAGUUCUUCCAGCUUUACCUGGACACCCCCAACAUGGGUGCGUACCUCAUGGACAUGUUCGUCGUUCGUGAGCGUCUAGCCGCUCUGUGCAACAUUUGCAAAGCAUACAAGCCAGACGUAAAGUUACGGUUCAUCACUGAGGAACUCGGCUUCGAGUCCGACGUUGAUGCGGCUCAAUUCAUUGUCGACUACAAUGGUCAGCAUCUGCUCGAGGAACGACAAGAGUCUAUUGCUCUCUUGACCGGCAAAGCCGGAGCCCUCUUCGACUCCGCCAGAAGCGAGGCUUUCCGCAAAGUUGACAUCAAAGGACAGAUAUGAAUUCCUCGUCAUCUCUGUUCUCAUCACAAAUUGCUCUACACAACUUCUAACCACCCCUACCGCCGACCCCAAAGCCAUUCGCGAGGUCUUGCUUCCACUCCUCCCUCCGGUUCUCAUUUCAAAGUCCACAGGCUUCGAUCUGUGGACUCGUUCCUCCUCGUUUCCUCUUUCUUCUCUUGUUUUCCUACCGACAGUUUCACAACAUUGGCGUGUCGUUUUACCUUGCAUCACUUGCGCCCUUCGAAGACGUCUAAUACCAGUUCUUGGUUACGAGCUUACGAAUUAUCGAUUCCUACCUCGCUGCCCGCCCCCCUUCUGAUGGCAUUGACGCUUACGCACAGCUCCACGCAGCGGGGACAUCUUCGGUUGUUUCUCGAAGACAGCGCUGGAUGAGGGGUGCGAUGCAUGCGCAACAGUGGCUCCGCCGCUGAUGAUGACCGAUACUACCGGCUUGGUGCUGGUCUUGGGCUCUGGGGGCUUUAUAGGCAUGAUACCCGUUCGCCCUGCUUUAGCAGAGGCAACAGGAUGGCGUUUGAGCGGAAAAUACAUGGGAUCUGUCUCCAUGACGGCUAGAUGGCGACUGGAGUUUGUUCUGGACGUUUGCAUAUACGUCACUCAGCUUUAAUGGAAAUGUUGCAGGCUGCCUUAUGUAGCCUGGUAGCAGUCCGGUCUACAGACCUUUUGGAAUCCAUACAUUUGCUACUUUUCCUCUAUGACGUGCAAGAUGGUCCUUAUUUUUCGUUCUUGAUGGCUUCAACGGCGGUUCUCAUACGUCUUGAUGGCAAUCCCAAUCUUGUCCUCGGUGCUUUCCUACCAUUGGCUGUAUAGGGUAUAGCUGCAGCGAAAGCAGAGUUGAUGGAUCUCACUCAUCCAUGAACAGUCGGCGCCACAAAUACGCGAUCCAUUUCCCAACAGGCCCCCGUGCUGGAAGAAGACUUGACAUCUCGCGGCCUCGGGUUCCAUACACAUCGGCC